GGCAGGAAGGGAAGCGAGGCUGACGUGUCGCAGCGGGGCAGCCGGGCUGCGCAUGCCGCCCCGCGGCCAUGGAGGAGGCGGAGGAGGCGGGAGGAGCGGGCCCGUCCGUGCUGUUCCUGCACCCGGACCUGGGCCUGGGCGGCGCGGAGCGGCUGGUGGUGGACGCGGCGCUGGCGCUGCGGGCGCGGGGCUGCCGGGUGCAGAUCUGGACGGCGCACUACGAGCCCGCGCGGUGCUUCGCGGAGACGCGCGGGCUGGCGGUGCGGCGGGCGGGCGGCUGGCUGCCGCGCAGCCUGUGCGGCCGCGGGCACGCCCUGUGCGCCGCCCUCCGCAUGGCCUUCGUGGCGCUCUACGUGCUGCUGCUCAGCGGGGAGACCUUCGACGCCUUCGUGUGCGACCAGGUGUCUGCCUGCAUUCCUGUACUUAGACUGGCCAGAACCCGUAAGAAGGUUUUGUUUUACUGUCACUUUCCUGAUCAGCUUCUGACCAAGAGAGAAUCUUUCCUGAAGCGCCUCUACAGACUGCCACUCGACUGGCUGGAAGAGUACACGACUGGCAUGGCAGACUGUAUUGUUGUGAACAGCAAGUUCACUGCCAGCGUGUUCAAAGACACAUUUAAGUCCCUAUCACACAUAAACCCAGAUGUCCUCUACCCAUCACUCAACAUCAGUAGCUUUGAAGAAAUUGUUCCUGCAGACAUAGCUGAUCUGAUACCAAAAAAGAAAAAGUUCUUGUUCCUUUCCAUUAAUAGGUAUGAGAGAAAAAAGAAUCUGGCAUUGGCUCUCGAAGCUUUGCACGAACUUCGAGGGAGACUUGAUUCUCAUGAGUGGGAUGAAGUUCACCUGGUUAUGGCAGGUGGUUAUGAUAAACGAGUUCUAGAAAAUGUGGAGCACUAUGAAGAGCUGAGGAGACUCGUAGCCAAACUGGAUGUUAAUGACCAUGUGACUUUUCUGAGAUCAUUCUCAGAUGAACAGAAAAUCUCUCUUUUUAGUAAUUCAGUGUGUGUGCUUUAUACACCAAGCAACGAACAUUUUGGCAUUGUCCCUUUGGAGGCAAUGUAUAUGAGAUGUCCAGUUAUAGCAGUUAAUUCAGGUGGUCCUUUAGAAUCAAUCUCACAUAAUGUUACAGGAUUUUUGUGUGAGCCUCUACCAACGAAAUUUGCUGAUGCUAUGGAAAAAAUUGUGAGAGAUCCUCUCUUAAAGGACACAAUGGGAGCAGCUGGGAGAGUGAGAGUUAUGGAAAAAUUUUCUUCAGAAGCUUUCUCAGAACAGCUGUACCAAUACAUACGCAAGUUAACAGAAUAAAAUACUAUUCCUAUGUUAUAUUUAGCAAUAUUGUGUCUUUCAUUUCUGUAAGGGACUAGUAUUCAUUGUGACUAAUGAAGAACUAGGGAUAUCUGAAUGUUCUUGUUUUGCUCCUUGUAAUGCCUUGUGUCACUUGACACACAGAAGAAUCGAAACAUGUCCCACUGUGUCAUUCAAUUAAAAUUUUCAUGUAGUAAACUGACUGAUCUGCCAUUGCAGGAGUUCUUUUGUGUACUGUGCCUUGGGAAAAUGCAAAGUUUAAUAGCAGUAACUUACUAGGAAAAUUACUGCUUACUAGGAAAAUUAAAUAAAAUGUUUUAUUUUACACUGUGUGGAAUGGCUGAUUCAACCUACAGAAGCUGGAUUUGUCCAGAUAAGACACACACAGCCAUAGUUUUAUGUAUUUAAAAUGGUCACCAGUAAUUCGUAAGUAAAAAGCUUGUCUUAGCUACUAUAGAGAGAAUUGCACAGUCCAACCAACUGCAUGUUUCAAAAACCCGGCAGUGUUAGGAAUACAAAUGUUAUGGAUUUUAAAUGAUUGAGCAUUACUGUGCUUGUCCAAUGGCAUUGUGUAGUCACAUUGGGUGUCACAAAAGUAUACAGGUGUGUGAGCAAGAGGAAAUGACACUUGAAUAACACCAAGGAUAUCAGACUACCUCAGCCAAAAAGGUUAGUGCUGAAAUCUAUGUAUGUUUGUUGCCUGCAAUGCUUGAAGACAUAAUUUUACUUUAGGAAUUUCUGGUUUGUAGAUACUUAAAUGAUUUUAUCUAUAUUUAAUAUUUCAUUCUAAAUGACAGCACACUUAGAAAAGGUCUUAAUCUGGACCAGGCAAUAAAGACAUUUUAUUUUGCCUAAUUUAGUGGUAACUUUAUGUUUUCCUAAUGCAGUGAGUGCACACAUGACAGUAUUGUGAUUUUUUUUCCAGACUGGCCUGGAGAAAUGAAUAUAUUUUUUGUUCUGCCUCUCUUGGCGCAUCUUUAUUAGUUGAUGGUUCUCUUUGUUAUAACACACAUAGUCUACAAAAUUGAAUUUUAAGUGUGAAAAUAGAUCCAGUGAAAUUCAGUGUUACCUAUAAAAUACAAAUUGUAGUGUGGUAUGAAAUAUAAUUUGUAGUCUGAAUUCUGCAAUUUCUACUUAAGAUAGUUUCAGGCAUUUCCACAUUAGUACUUCACAACAGAGAGACCAUUCUUUCUGUUGCUUAGGACCAAAACUCAUGUCUCAAUAUACUUAUAAAGCUUUUAUUUGAAGUAAAACAAAAAUCAAAGUCUGUCACUGUCUUUAAUCAAGAAGUUGGAACACUAAUUUUUGUUUGUUAUGGAGUGAGAGUGGAUGGUUUCAGAGCCCCUGUUUCCUACGUUUCUAUUAAAUCUGAAAAACUGGCAA